AGUAUGUUUGAUAACCAAAAUGGAAAAGGGGGAUACUAUGAAUAAAUGAGUGUUAUCAAUGUGUGACAUAAUGACUGCAUUGACCAAUUGGAGGUGCCCUAUACUAUAGAUGUCAUUGCUUUUAUCAAUUUUCAAAUACAUGUUACAUAAAUGUUUAUCUUGUGUUUCUGCUUCUAUAUACUCAAAGCCUACCUUCUAUGAAGUAUAAGAAAGAUAAGAAGAAACUUCAGAAAGACAAGAAAUGCAUUCUAUAAAAUGUUCUGAUUUAAAUUUUGUAUUGCUAUUUCAGAACUGAUGGUCUUAUAAGGUGUAUGUGUGCCAAGACUGCUGUUUUCAGAGACUACUAGAACAGUAGAAGGUAUCAUUUAACUUUUUUUUCAAAGGAACCAUUGUAUGAGAUUACCUGAUAUGACUCGAAUUUGGAGGACAUCCUGGAAUGUUGUACAGUAAUGAACCCUCCACAACUGAGAUAUUUAUACAUUUAAGCUAAUGAAAUAUGAUGGCCCUUCUUUCUUCAGUAUGUAGCGUAAAGCAAAUGGCUUCCAGAAGUGCUCAACUGAAGUCUUUGGUCAAUAAGCUUUCGUUUCAAGAAAGAGCUGGAUCAUUCAGAUUUCAUAGUAGGACAUCUCUGUGUAUUUCACAAAUUAGUAUAGUCCAAUCUGUGUUCACAAACCAAAGAGGGAAAUGUGAUUAUAUAUCUCCCUAUUACUUGAAAGCAAAUGCAGGCCCAUCGCACAUAUUCCUGCCUCAGAGGACAUUGUCAAGUGAAAGCACUUUGACUCAAGUUGAUAAGCACAGAGGAGAAAUUGGGUCGAGAAGAAGUAGAUGGCUUUUGGAAAUUUCAAAAGACCAAUGGUUUACAGCUGAUCAGUGGAAACAAAUGAAAACCAAGUGGAUAGACGAGCAGCAGCAACGGAGAAAGCAAUACAUAGCAAGAACAGAAUUUGAAUAUGAGCUGCAUGCCAUGGAAUCAAUUGCUGCACAACCAUUCCCAGUUUCAGCAAAGUCUCUCAUUGCUUUCAUCAAGGAUGAGCACACUGUCAUGAAGAGUCAGUUAGUGAGUAAAUGUCUUUUCAUGUGUACAACAUGUCAAGAUCUUGAAGGGAUCCUUUGGUGUGUGGAUUGGCUGGAGGAGAACCAGGGCAUGAUGGACAAGGGAACCAUAGCCAAUGCUGUGUCAGGUCUAUGCUUGACAGACAGGUGGCAGCAGAGCCAUAGCUUUAUUGCUAGGGCUGCUGAUGCUGAUUGUGUUACUUCAAGAAUCCUAGAACCUUACCUGAUAGCUGCUUGUGAGCAUGGUGAUGAAAGUCUUGCCAAAUCUCUGCUCGAGGAUCACUACUCAAAAGAUCUCAUUCCGACGGAUGCUAGUGCUUUGAAAAUCAUUGCAACCUUCAAAAGCAAUGCAGAUGACGAAUCUGUUCUGGAGGACAAUGAGCACAUAGUGACAAGACUUCUGGAUUACAAGAGGGCAAAGAGGCACUUUCCUUCACAACAUGUUGCAGAGGAACUGGGCAACUGGUUCAAGAGCAAGCAGCAUGAGACAUGGAAAGUUUCUCACACCAAGAUCAGUCAUACAGGUGUUUGUAAGUCUUGCUCUAGUCAUCUUGAACCUCUACAGACAAGUGGAGAAGAGUUCAACAAUCUUAGAGAAGAGAUCUUUAGUAAGGUAAUCAGAGGCAAAGACAUAUUCAGGAAGACAACCCCAGAAGAGCUAGAUGCCUUCAUGAAAUUCAUUGAUUCUGGACCUUCAUAUGACAUUGUCAUAGAUGGUCUUAAUGUUGCUAAACUCAAGAAGAGAAAGUCACCGGGUAAAGUGCUGAGACAAUUUGUGGAGUACCUUACCAAGAAGCUUGGCUACAGCUGUCUUGUCCUUGGGAGACAUCACAUGCUGAAACAACGAAAUCAGUUUGAGAAAGGUGACAUGGCUGUCAUACAAGACCUUGCUGACUGCUUCUUUACACAAAACAUGUCAGAGGAUGACCCUUUCAUGCUGUACGCCACCAUGCACAGUGGUACAAAGACCAAGUAUGUCAGUAGAGAUCUGCUCCGAGAUCACAAAGCCUUACUGAGUCCUGAAGCUCAUCUGUCAUUCAUAAAAUGGCAACGUACCCAGCAGCUCUCUCCUGUGGACUUUAGAGAAGGAAAAGCAAUAUUCAAGGAAAAUCUGGCUCAUGACACUGUGAUACAGUCCACAGAUAAGAGCUGGCAUAUCCCCUAUGAUGACGGUCAACCACGCUUCUCAUAUGAGGUUCCCCUGACAUGGCUGUGUGCUGUUAAAGACUAGAUUAUUCACAACUCUAACCAUACAAUGGCUAUGCAUUUUUGUUUUGCAUUGCUCUAAGAAAUUUGAUUCAUCUUCAAAAGUCAAGGUGAUCUAUUGGGAAAUCCAUGCUUACCUAGGAAAUGGGAUUUCUUUUUUAAAGAGACAACAAAACUUUCUAAUUGAUACUUCUUUAUUUAGGCACUCUAACAGGAACAUGUAUUCAUGAGAGCAUGCCAACUAUAGUCAAGCUUAACCUACCCAGAGUUUAAUAAUCAACUGAUUGAUGAAAUGCCCAUUGUACCCCCGUUUGUUCCCAUAAAUUACCAUAAUUAUAAAGUUAUAAACACAGACCAUGUCAUUAUUUUAAUUUCAUGACUUUCAGCAGGAUAUUCCAUGGCAUUGAUGCUCCAUGCUCCAUGAACAUAUCAGUGGACCUGGUACAGCCAAGGCUAACUCAAGUUGCAUUUGUAUGCCCCAACGCUAGUGCAACUUAUGAUAAUACUGGCUGUCCUUAUUCCUGAUAUUAAACUGCCCCUGUAUUCUGAUUUCUGAAUUCUCCGGGCCUACAUGUCAAACAUAUUUAAUCAAUAACAAGUUAGGAAACUUGGUAUAAGCUAGUGAAACCAUUGCAUGCAUUUGAUUGCUUGGCUUUCAGCAGAUUAUGAAAAAGACAUUUAAGUAAAUUUUAUAAAGUUUAUAUUUUUCAAAUUUGUGUAGUUAUUUGUUUCUAAUUGACUUACUAUAACUUGUAUGAUGUUACAUUAAAGAUACAAUGACCACAAAGCU